AUGAUUCUUGGGUUGUCCCGUUUAUUUCUAGGAUUCACGGGGAGGAACGCGUCAGAGAGUAGCGACCCCCGGAAAAGAUCCUUAAGCGGCACUAGGCAAAGACCGGUAAACGAGGCAUGGAAAAUAUCCGUGAAAUCGAGGGAGACGCCCGUCAUGUGUCCCCGUUGUGGAAGAACGUAUAAGAUGAAGAGAAAUUUAACCACUCACAUGAAAUUCGAGUGCGGCGGACAGAGAAACUUUACGUGUCACGUCUGUCCGGCGAGAUACACGCAGAAUAUCGGUCUCCGUAGGCACCUGUUGCGAAGACACAAUAUCUACCUGCCGCCAAAGUUUUCCGUUCCCAAGCGAAUUUUCGCACAAUAGCUGCAUUUCGUUGCACGUGGAACCAGAAACGGAUGCUGCAGGAUUAUGGAAGCGUUCACCUGUCACCAGUGUGGCAGAUCCUAUCAGAGGCGGCACAAUCUGGUCCAACACCUGAGAUUCGAGUGCGGCGGCCGCAAGCAUUUUGCCUGCACCGUCUGCCCGGCUAGAUACACGCAAAACGGAAAGCUCAGGCAGCACAUGUUGAACACCCACAACAUCUUCGUUCCGCCGCGAAAAACGUGGGUGAGAACCGCUUACAGUUUCGCGAGGUCUCGGUUCACCUGUCAGCAGUGCGGCCGUGGGUACACGAUGCUGUGCAACCUUAGGAGGCACAUGAAAUGGGAAUGCGGAGGGAAACGCCAGUUUCCCUGUUACUACUGCAGCUACAGUUUUACUCAGAAGACGAGUCUGCAACGUCAUCUGACCGCGAUUCAUAAGAUCGACGUUGUCAACGGAUCCGAUCUGAUAUAG